AUGAUUAGAUCUGGCGGCGAUCUUCACACCGGCGCCGAUGGCGUAACCGCAACAUCGGCCAAUUUUUCUUGUACCGAUAAAAUCGUCAACUCUCCAGUCUCCAACGACUUUCCUGGUUCCAAAACUGCUUUCAUCCUUCCCUUCGCACGCUCAACUUCCAUCGCCCUCAGCUCAGACCCACGACACAACUUACGCGCCGACCCCGCCUACAUCGCCAAACUGUUCGCCUCAGCCUUUAAAAGAGCGACCUCUUCCCGGGUUCUAUCCUUAUUCUCUAUACCUGUCGUUGCUGCUAGUUCCUAUAACCAGCGCAUAUCGCCAACCGCAGGGUUAUCUGCUGCAAAUUUGACAGCAAAGCCAAAGGUCGACACGAGAAGGAUGCACUCAAAGCUAGUUAUUAUCGGCUCAGGGCCAGCAGGCCACACUGCAGCCAUUUAUGCUGCACGCGCCGAUCUGCAACCUGUCCUUUACGAAGGUUUUAUGGCCCUCGGUAUAGCCGCAGGUGGUCAAUUGACCACCACGGAUGAGGUUGAGAACUUCCCAGGGUUCACAAAGAUCGGAGGUGGAAAAUUGAUGGAACAAAUGCGCGAACAAUCCGAAGCCUGCGGCACCGAAAUCAUCUCCCAAACCGUUGCCAAGGUCGACCUAAAGUCACGUCCUUUCAAAUACUGGUUGCACCCCAUGGGCGACGAUGAAGAGAUCGAGGAGGAGGAACACACUGCGGACGCUUUGAUCAUUGCAACAGGCGCAAAGGCCAGACGGCUGAAUCUACCAGGAGAGGAAAAAUACUGGGGCAACGGCGUCUCCGCUUGCGCAGUAUGCGACGGCUCCCUGCCCAUGUUCCGUGAUCAGCCCCUCGUGGUCAUUGGAGGUGGUGACUCGGCAGUUGAAGAGGCACUAUACCUCACCAAGAAGGCAAAGAAGGUCACCGUACUUGUACGGAGAGACCAGCUCCGAGCAAGCAGAACGAAUGCCCGACGAUUGACUACCCACCCCAAGGUUCAAGUCAUGUUCAACACCAGCGCGAGCGAAAUCAAGGGCGAGGAGAAGAAGAACGGUUUAAUGACCCACCUUGUGGUCAAGAACAACGUGACCAAAGAGGAGACUGUCCUCGAAGCAAAGGGCUUGUUUUACGCCGUCGGUCACGAUCCCGCGACUGAGCUGUUCAAGGGCCAACUCGACAUGGAUGAGGACGGUUAUCUCAUCACGAAGCCGGGAGAGGGUCUCACUAGCGUAGAGGGUGUCUUUGCCGCUGGCGAUGUUCAGGACAAGCGAUACCGUCAAGCCAUUACCAGUGCAGGAUCUGGCUGCAUCGCUGCCCUCGAAGCCGAGAAGUGGCUCGCUGAGCGAGACAGUGGCGUGGACAACGAGUUGGAGACUGAGAACCAGGCCGAAAAGUCGCAGACAAACGGCGUCGUGCCGGAAUACCGCUCCAACCCACUGCUGUGA